AUGGGCAGCCUGCCAGCCAAUCGAGUUCAGCCUAACCCAGCAUUUCAUACCACGGGAGUAGAUUAUUGUGGACCAUUUUAUCAUAAGGCAGAGGCCCGCAACAAGGCGCCUCACAAGUGUUACAUAGCCGUCUUUGUCUGCUUCUCUACGAAGGCCACGCAUUUGGAAGUCGUCCAGGAUCUCACAACGGAUUCUUUCAUCGCAGCGUUGAGAAGAUUCACCAGCCUGAGAGGCACUCCGCGCACUAUUUGGAGUGACAAUGCGACGAAUUUUGUCGGCGCUAAGAGCGAGCUAACCGAGCUGAAGAAUCUAUUUCUGAGCGAACCCCACACGGCUGCGAUAGCUUCCUCUUGCUUAGCUGAUGGGAUUGAUUGGAAGUUCAUACCUCCGCGUGCCCCACAUUUCGGUGGUUUAUGGGAGGCGGCUGUUAAAUCGGCCAAAUUUCAUUUUUAUAGAGUCGUCGGUGCUUCCAUCUUGGGCCUCGAUGAAUUGAGAACUCUCGCUUAUGAGAUUUCUGCCAUUCUUAACUCCCGUCCACUCUGUCCAAUUUCAGAAAACGCUGAAAGUCUUGACGUGUUAACGCCGGCCCAUUUCCUGAAAGGCUCCAGCUACACAAGGUUUCCUGAGCCUGAUAUCACGCAUCUCCGAGAAGGCCGCCUCAGCAGAUGGCAAAGGGUGACACAGAUGCAGCAGCAAUUCUGGAAGCGGUGGAGCAGCGAGUACUUAUCCUUGCUCCAAGAAAGGAGUAAGUGGCGCGUCGAAACAUCCAACAUCAAGGUCGGAAGCAUCGUGUUGCUGAAGGAGGACAACCUUCCACCCUUGAAAUGGCAGCUGGGGUGCAUCCAAGGAGUCGUUCCAGGCGAGGACGGUGUCGUCAGAGUAGCUAUGGUCCGUACAGCUACGGGUCUAGUCAAGAGAGCCGUCGCCAAGUUAGCCGUUCUGCCCAUCGAUUCCCAUUUAGUUGGAGCCCUACUUCCUCCAACGGGGGAGUAUGUUCGGAGCAGCCCGCCUAAACUAGUCUAG